AUGGCGGCCCAUGAAGUCCACUUCCCUCUGGACGCAUCCGCCUACGAGAUCCUCGCCGAGAUCGGCUCCGGCGUCAGCGCCGUCGUCUACAAAGCCCUCUGCCCCUCCGCCAACUCCGCCGUCGUCGCCAUCAAGUCCAUCGACCUCGACCGCUCCUCCGUCGACGCCCUCCGCCGCGAGACCAAGACCAUGACCCUCCUCUCCCACCCCAACAUCCUCUCCGCCCACUGCUCCUUCACCGCCGACCGCCGCCUCUGGGUCGUCAUGCCUUUCAUGUCCGCCGGCUCCCUCCAGUCCGUCAUGUCCUCCGCCUUCCCAAACGGCAUGUCGGAGCCUUGCAUCGCCGUCGUCCUUCACCAAACCCUGAACGCCUUGUCGUAUCUCCACGACCAGGGCCACCUCCACCGCGACAUCAAGGCCGGCAACAUCCUCAUGGACUCCGACGGCUCCGUGAAGCUCGCCGACUUCGGCGUCUCCGCCUCGGUCUACGAGCCCAACUACCUCAACACUUCCUCCUCCGCAACGUCGUCGUUUCGCUUAUCCGACGUGGCAGGGACCCCUUACUGGAUGGCUCCCGAAGUCGUCCACUCCCACAACGGCUACGGCUGCAAAGCCGACAUCUGGUCCCUCGGGAUCACCGCCCUCGAGCUGGCCCACGGAGGUCCGCCGUUAUCGCAUUUACCGCCGUCGAAAUCGCUGCUGCUGAAAAUCACGAAACGGUUCAACUUCUCGGAUUACGAGAAACGCGGCGAAACGGACAAUAACAAGAGCAAGAAAUUCUCCAAGAGCUUCAAGGACUUGGUGGGCCUGUGUUUGGACCAGGACCCGAACAAGCGGCCCAGCGCCGAUAAGCUUCUGAAGCACUCGUUUUUCAAGAACUGUAGAGGUGUGGAUUUCCUGGCCAAGAAUGUGCUUAAUGGGCUGCCUAGUGUGGAGGAGAGGUUUAGGGUUUUGGGUGGCGUGUUGGGCAAGAAAGAUGAAAAUGAUCAAGAUGAAGAUGAAGAUGAUGAUGAAUUCAAUGCUAGGGGUCGGAGAAGGAUCCGGAGAAUUAGCGGGUGGGAUUUCAAUCAGGAUGGGCUUGAAAUUGUACCGGUUUUUCCGGAGAUGCCGCUUGUGAAGAUGGUAAGGUUCGGUGGCGAAACGUUCAUUCCUAGUUCGAGUGAGUCGCACGAGUCGUGUGUGAGUUCAGUUGAGAGAGGAGACGAGUCCGGAGAGUCGAUGGAGUCGAAUCGGAGCUCGGUUGUGGGUGUGGAGAGGAAUGUAGGGCUAGGGGGUGUAGAUAAGGAGGUGAUGGUGGGUGGGCUGACGGCGUUUAUGAGGAGCUUGGAAGAGCAGAGGAGCAAUGUGGUGACGCUGAUGGGUCUGUUGCGUGGGGAAGAAGUUAGUGGGGAGGUGGUGAUGAGUAGAGAGGAGCAGAUGGGUCAGGUGAUUGAGAGGAUGAGAGUGGAGUUGGAGAAUGAGAGGGAGAGGAAUUUUCAGUUGGAGAUGGAGUUGGAGUUUCUGAGGAUUCAGAUUUCUGGGGCUUACACACCUACUAAUGGGUCUGGGAGUAUUGACUGA